CAGCAUUAUUGAGUAUUGUGCAUUAAUAAAAAGUUUCAAAUAAUUCACUUGGCAGUUACUUGUAUGUGUGACGAUAUAGUUAAACAGCCAAUAAAAAAUGGCAUUUUUGGAAUCUUGUUGGUCACCGGUGAUCUGGUCAAACAGCAUAAAAACAGGCUGCAAGGCUAUAGCAUUUUAUACAGUGGCAAUUAGCAUAGUGUUAAUUACAUUAAUUUGUUAUCAACUGGCUGGAGGUGAUUCAACACAACUGUACAAUCCACUAUUUGAGGCUGAUGUCAGAGGCUCGAUGCAAGUUGUUGGAGGAUUCCUGAUUUUCUAUCUGCUUGUAUUAAUUAUAUGUGGAUUAUUAAUGGUACAUGGUAUAAAGAAAGGUGUACGUGGAUGGCUUUUGCCAUGGCUUAUUUGUUGGUUCAUUGUUUGUCUAUUUCAAUUGGUCUUUGGAUUGUGGCUUUUAGGCGGUUAUUACAUCUAUUUGGAUUCUGUGUUUGCAACACUAUGCAAUUGGCUUUGGAUGUCAUACAACAUAUAUUGUUGGUUAGUUGUUUUGUCAAUGUACCAAAUUUUUGCAAAACUACAGUCUCCUAAUAUAGAACUGUUGUGGCCUUAAAAAAAGCGCUUAUUCUAAGGAAAUUUACAUUUCCAUUGUUUUUUAUAAAUUGAAGAAAACACUAUUCUACAAUUGCUCGAUCGGAAUCUUAAGGUUCCUCGAGAUUUGUGGAAAAGAAUCUUCGAUACAGUGUAUGGUUAAACUCGUUCCAAUCACUUGAACCAUAUCUGAGAAGUUAUUCAGAGAGUCAAUAUAAAAUUCCAUAUCAGAUGGAACAGCAAACUGUACAAUGUAUCUAUGGAAACAUCUACAGCCAGCAUAUCUUCUAAAGACCAACUGAUCACUGAAUUAUAAGACUAAGCUAAGAAAUAAUCGAUCAACAUAAUACUAAGUUUCCGAACUUCAAAACAUGUCCAAAAAACAAUGAAGCAUUCGAAACAAGAUUAUUUGGCGCUGCAGCGCUAUAGCGUAGAUUAGAUCUUACAAUAAGAUAUUCCGUCCGACUCUGCGAACACACAGUAUUUUGUCUAGAGAAAUCACCGACUGACAAAAUCUACUUUCUAGAUUAGAUUAGUGCUCGAAAAUAUUUUCCAAACAUUUGAAUUACUCGAAUCUCGUGUUUGAACAUGUUUAUUGUUCAAAUCUCUCAGGUUUUUUGUUCAAAGUUUUUUUUUAUAACUUUUUUGAAAAAUUGAUAUCGGUUUAAUUUGAGAAUAGUCGCGCGUGGAAUAUACAUUAUUUUAGCGAUAUAAGAGUAAGAACUGUUUUGCGUAUAAUUUCUGUUUCCGAUACAUUAUUGUUUUUAUGAUGUUUUUUGUUUUUACAAAUAAUGACAAUGUCUGCAUCGAGAAUGUUGAUAAAAAGCAAAACAGUUCUUGAUACAUCUUGUCAAUAACAAUGGUUUUUACAUUGAGGCAACAUUUAUAUGUAUAUACCCCAAUAUUUUUAUAUACCCUAUGCGACACUAUUUGUCAAAUUAAGGUGCAACUCAAGUUAACGGAAGCUUUAAUGCUUAAUUUCAUAUCAAAUUAACUGAAAAAUUAUAAAUAAACAAAACUUGCUUUUUUCUCUAGUUACCGUACCUAAUUUUCAAGGACAAAUUGAUUAAAUAGCUCGAGCUCUCGUUUAGAGUAAUUAUUUGCUCGAAUCUAUUAUUCGAACAUUAAUUUAAAUAUAAUGUAAAUAAGAUAUAUAUAUAUUUUUUUUAAUUUUAUAUGCAACACUGUAGCAUUUUAUAUCGUACACAUAUAAUAAAGCUUUUUCCUCAGAAAACAACAAAGUUAUUCCUUUCUCUGUGUGCUAGAUUAACGAACUGUAAAUGCUCCAGUACAUAAAAAGAAGUAUAAAAAUAUUACAAAUGUAUUAAAUAAUUGCAUUGUGU